AUGGCAAGUGAUCCUUCAACGAAGAAAAGGGUGACAGGGCUAUACCAAGCCGGAGCCGUUGUGGGAGCCUUCUUAGCAGGAUGGAUGAACGACAGAUUCGGCCGCAAGCUAACCGCAGCAUGGGGAAAUGCAAUCAUUCUUGUAUCCGGCGCUCUACUGACAGCAUCAGUCAAUCCCGCCAUGUUCAUUUGCUUCCGAUUCUUCAAUGGGCUAGGUUCAUUUCUCAUUCAGAACAGCGUUCCUAUUUGGAUUGCCGAGCUCGCACCGCCCAGAAUCCGUGGAGCCAUUGCUGAUGCGCACGCGCUUCUCAUGCUAUUUGGAUAUUGCAUUGCAAGCGUUGUCGGGCUGGGGUUCUAUUUCGUCUCUGGCAAGAACCAAUGGCGAGGAAUUGUGGGUAUACAGAUGGUACUUCCGACGAUUAUCCUGUGUGGGAUCUACUGGAUGCCCGAGUCCCCUCGGUAUCUUAUUUCGCGUGAUCGAUCCGAAGAAGCGUGGGGAAUUGUCAAGCGAUUACAUGCUGUGGAAAAUGAUACUAGCGCCCACGAAUCGGCUGCUAGAGAGUUCUAUCAAAUGAGAAAGCAGAUUGUGCUGGAUCGUCGCUUUCGGACUUCAUAUUGGGGUAUCUUGACAACACCUUCGCUGCGAAAGCGAGCUCUCAUGACGAUCUUCUUGGAGUUUAGUAUUUACAGUUGUGGAGUGCUGGUCAUAUUAAAUUAUGGAUCAGUGGUAUGGUCAAGUCUUGGAUUCGACACAGUCCAGGUUCUCGGCUUCCAGGUCGGGUUCCAAUCCAUUGGACUCGUUACCAAUGCGUUUUCGAUGUUAUGGGUUGAUCGCAUGCCCCGGCAUUGGUUCAUUUCGUUUGGGCUCGGAGGCUGUGCCAUCCUAAUGGCGAUUGAAGCCGCACUGCAGAGAUUCUAUCUCGGGAGUACGAACCGCAGUGGACUGAUCGCCAGCUCUGUGAUCAUUCUUCUGUUCCAGGCUGUCUUUUGUGCAUUCUUGGAUGGGCCGACGUAUUUCUACAUCACUGAGAUCUGGCCCAGUUAUGCCCGCCCUCAGGGCUUUGCUCUUGCUAUGUGUACCUUUGCCCUGACUAACUUGAUGUGGCUGGAAGCGGCGCCGUACGCCUUUGAGGAAAUGGGUUGGAAGUUUUAUUUGUUUUUUGUGGUUAUCCCGGCUAUUGCGGCUGUUGUUGUGUUUUUCACCUAUCAUGAUACUAGACAGAAGCCGUUGGAGGAGAUUGCUGCCAUGUUUGGUGAUGUGAAUCAAGUGGUGGUGUAUCAACGGGAAUUGGAUGGAGAAGGGGUUGAUAUGCAGGAGAUGGAUUUUAAGCCUCGCAAAGAGGAGACUGCUCAAUUUCAGGAAGUUGAGAAUUAA